UUUGACGAAUACCUGACAGCCAGAUAGAAGAGAAGUUGAGAGGAUGCGUGUGAGUGCGAGACCUGUCAUAGACUCUGAAGCACUCAUCAUUCUCGCUGAUACUUUCCUCUUUCCUGAGUUUCCUCACUUUCCUCUCCCAAUUUUAUGCAAUAAUGGUCUGAUUCCUGGUGGUUACCGGAGACAACUCCUCAUCCACCCGCCUCUCGCUUCUGAUCCGAUUAUGUUUUCUCCAGGGCUGAUCUACCAUGGAAGAUUACGAGUCAGUUGAGACACUCAUGCAUUCAACUAGCUCAAAGAUACAGCAUCUUCAGAAAGCAUUUGCUGAGCUUGAAAGUCACCGUGCAAUUACUCUCAACAUGAAGUGGAAACAAUUAGAAGAACAUUUUCACGGGCUUGAAAAGACUUUGAAAAGGCGUUUCACUGAAUUGGAAGACCAAGAGAAGGAGUUUGAAACAAAAAUAGCUCAAGCCAAGGAUAUGGUAGAGAAACGUGAAGCAGCAGUUGUGGCUAAAGAGAGAGCUUCACUAGAAAAGCUCCAAGAGAAAAGAGAUGCUGCAGUUUCUUCCAUUUCUGUUGCUCUAAAAAGGCGUUGGGAGCCAUUCUCUUUGGAACCUACUUUUAAUAUUGAGGAUGACAAUGAGUCAUCUGUAAUGAAGGUCAAUAAUAUCGAUGUCACAGAGAGUAACACUGAUGAGGAUAGUGGAAAGUAUUAUGAUAACAGAAACAUGGAGGUUAAGUCUUAUCCAGAGUUAGUUAAUUUAUGUCAAAAGAUGGAUUCAGAUGGCAUUCACAAAUUUAUAUCAGACAAUCGCAAGGACUUAACUUCUGUGAGAGAGGAGAUACCACUUGCUUUGGAGGCUGCUUCUGAUCCAGCAUCUUUGGUUUUGGACUCGCUCAACGGUUUUUACAACUCAGAAAUAAUAAAUUCAGAUGCUAAAAAAGAUGCUAACCUUUUAGGUAUCCGUCGAACAUGUAUAAUGUUAAUGGAGUGCCUUAGCAUUUUACUGUCAAACAUAAAAGUGGAGUAUAUUCCAAACAUAAUAUCUGAAAGUGUUAAGAUUCGAGCAAAAGCUAUUGCUGAAGACUGGAAAACAAAGUUGGAUGGUUUGGAUUUUGUUGUCAAUCACGGGAACUCCUUGGAGGCUCAUGCAUUCUUACAACUUCUAGCUACUUUUGAUAUUAGCUCUUGUUUUGACAUGGGUGGUUUAACCAAAUUGAUACCAAUGGUCUGCCGUCGUCGUCAAAUAGCUGACCUAUGCCGGUCUCUUGGACUCUCAGAUAAAAUGCCAGGUGUUAUUAAUGUGUUGGUAAAUAUUGGAAGGCAAGUAGAUGCAGUAAAUCUGGCUUGUGCCUUUGAGCUGACAGAGCAGUUUCCACCUGCUCCUCUACUGAAAUCUUACUUGAAUGAGGCAAGCAAGGUUCCUUCUCCUGGAAAAUCGGGGAAUGCCGCACCCACCGCACAGAACGAUAUAAAUGAGAAGGAGUUGAGUGCCCUGAAGGCUGUAAUUAAAUGCAUUGAGGAUCACAAGCUUGAGGAGCAAUAUUCUGUGGAUGCACUCCAAAAACGAGUCGUCGAGAUGGAGAGAGCAAAGGCAGACAAGAAAAGGGCAACUGAAGUUCCCAAACCCCAACCCAAAAGACCCCGUGGUAAUUGUGCCCGAGUCGCUAACAUUUCCACGGACAAGAACUUUUAUGCUAGAACAACUGACAGGUACCCACAGUACGUGUAUGAGAGACAGUAUGCCUACACUGGACCAGCUGAGGCCCAUAUACCUGCAUUCGUAGGCAAUCCUUACAAUCUCACUGGUCCUGGCAACUUCUUUGCAAAUGGCUACCAUUAUCAGGCAGCAUACCUGCACUAGUUACUACAGCGCCAAGCAGGGUUACCUGGUUACCAUCUACUAGUCCUUAGUCCUUUAACCCUCUUUGUGUGCUUGCUUAAUUUGAACCAUAUGAACGAUUUCACUACUGAAAAAUCCCGACUUGUUAAUUUCCAGCCCUCUGUAAAAGCUAAUGUUGUAAUGCUUUACUAUGCACCAUGCUUCAUGUUUAUCUCUCCAUAAUUUGACUCUCGGCUCACUGUGUUCUUUCUGCUCUUUUGUGACUCUUGAGAUAAUGACGUCAAAUGCAAAACUUAACCAGACUUUUCAUGCUA